AUGAUUAAAUUUAAAAUUACAAGUUUAUACUCUAAAAUUUUGUUUUUAUUUUUAAUUAUUUCUUUAAUUGUGCCUUUUCUACCUUUAAUUAUUUGUCAAUUUGAUUUGCAUCAGCCGUGUUUUUGUAAAGUUGGGGAUGCUAUAGAAAGUUGCCCCUGUGAUGCGAAAACUAUUGAUGCUAUAAACAAUGUGAAGGUUUAUCCUUCUCUACAGGGACUUUUGCAAAGAGAACCUUUUAAAUUUUACAAGGUCAAUAUGGAGAAACCCUGUCCUUUUUGGUCUGACGAUUCUGGACAGUGUGCAUCUAAAGAAUGUACUAUUGGCUAUUGUGAUAAUGAAGUUCCAGAAGCUCUUCGUGAUUUGCCACGCCGUCCUAGCAAUGCAAGUUCUAACGAGGCUUUAACCGAGCCUGACUGUUUUUCUGAUGGGAAAAAGAGCAAUAAAUUUGAUCCCUUGGAUUCAUCUUUAACUGAUGUAGAUAAGGCACAAUUGAGGGAUUUGGAUAUAUUUGAGACAAAUAACAACAAAUUUUGUGCUGCUGAAGAUGAAAAUUUUGAUGAAUUACAUUAUGUUAAUUUGGCUAAAAAUCCUGAACGUUAUACUGGCUACAAAGGCAAUUCUGCAUUAAAAGUUUGGAAAAGUAUUUACAGUGAAAAUUGUUUUAAGCCUGACCCUAAAUUUGAUAAAAAUUUUCUUUUGCAGCCAACUCCUAUAGGGAUGUGUCUGGAGAAGCGUGUUUUUUACAGAUUGAUUUCUGGUCUUCAUUCUGCAAUUACUGUCUCUAUUGCUGCAAACAACUAUAAACCAGCUCCUGUUGGUUUUGGAGAAGGAACUUGGUUUCGCAAUACAAAAAUGUUUACUGACAGAUUUGGCACAAAAUGGAGUAAAGAAGGCCCCGAACGUUUAAAAAAUAUUUAUUUUACUUUUAUGCUUGAACUGCGUGCUUUAGUCAAAGCUGCCCCUUAUAUUCAACAAAGCAAAUUUUUUUAUACAGGAAAUAAAAAUGAGGAUAUCGAAACCCGUCAAGCAUUAGAAGAUUUAUUUGGAGUUUUGAAAGAAUUUCCUGACCAAUUUGAUGAAACCCAACUUUUCUCAAAUUUACACGAAUCAAAUGCUCGUUUACUUCGAGAAGAAUUUCGACAACAUUUUUGGAAUAUUUCACGAAUUAUGGAUUGUGUUGAUUGUGAUAAAUGUAGAUUGUGGGGAAAAGUACAAACACACGGAAUGGGUAUUGCUUUAAAAAUUCUUUUUGCCGAUUUACCUCGUAAUGGUGCUUCGACAACAAAAAAUAUUGAAAAUUCAAAAAUGGAUAAUACUUCAAUUCCAUUCAAAUUAACUAGAAAUGAUGUUGUUGCUCUCUUUCAAAGUUUUGGUAGAUAUUCAUCAAGUAUUUGGGCAAUUGAAGAAUUUCGAAAAGAAUAUAACGAAGAAUUGUGCCUUCCAAAUUUAUAG